AUGGCAUGUGUAGAUGCUCUAAAGAUUAUUUAUGGUGCGUAUAUGCUGUCUGAAGAAGCAGAAUAUUGCUGGAAUAAUGCUAGACAGAGGUUUGAGGCUAAUGGUACCAUGAUUAUUUGGACUGUUUUUAGAGGAGCAUUCUUGGAAAAAUAUUUCUCGGCUGAUGUGCGUGGCAAGAAAGAGGUGAAAUUCCUUGAACUUAAGCAAGGAAAUAUGACUGUUGUAGACUAUACUGCCAAGUUAAAGGAAUUGUCCAGGUUCUUCCCUUACUAUAAUGACGCAGAGGCUGAAAUGUCUAAGUGUACCAAGUUUGAGAAUGGACUGCGCCCAGAGAUUAAGCAAUUCAUUGGAUAUCAGGAAAUCCUCCAGUUCUCCGUGCUGGUUAACAAGUGUCGAAUCUAUGAUGAAGACAAUCAUGCUAGAUCCUCCUAUUACAGAAGUGUCAGUGACAAGAUAAAUGGUAAUCAGAAUCGUCGGAAGCCUUAUGUUGUUUCUGAUGGUAAAGGUAAACAAAUGUUCCAACAGAGGAAUAAUGGUGGGAAGAGUCAAAGUGGGGGAGGUGCUACCAAUCCAAUCAAGUGCUUCAAAUGUGGUGUUCUUGGUCAUAGUAUUUUAGAGUGUACUAUGGUGACAAUUACAAAUGUGGGAAGGUUGUGCAUAAGGAUAAAUAUGAAGAUAUCUUGA